AUGUAUAGUGAGUCUUUGUUGACGAGUGAUUAUUUGGUUGUUUAUUCUUAUUGCGAGGUUGUAGAUGUGGCAAGUGGAUCAAGCAUACCAGACUGCUCGCACGCCUGUGGACCAUGUACACCAUGCAAGCUGGUUGUGGUCAGUUCCAAGUGCUCCGCCUCUGGGUCCGAGGCUUGUCCUGUCGUUUACAAGUGCUUGUGCAAAGGCAAAUACUAUCACGUGCCUUCUAUCGCCUAA